CCCGGGUUGACGGACGCGGGAUACCGAAGAGGGGCCCAGGACUAGGGAAGGGCGCGUGUGACAGUCCAGGAGUGAAGAGCUAGGGCAAGGCCAGGCGCAGGGGCCGGUGGUCUGAACAUCCAGCCUGGAAAAUGCACAAGAGGAAGGGACCCCCGGGGCCACCCGGCCGAGGCGCUGCUGCCGCCCGCCAGCUUGGGCUGCUGGUUGACCUCUCCCCAGAUGGCCUGAUGAUCCCCGAUGAUGGAGUCAACGAUGAGGAGCUGGAGGCCGAGUUCUUUGCCUUGGUGGGUGGCCAGCCUGCGGCCCUGGAGAAACUCAAAGGCAAAGGCCCACUCCCCAUGGAGGCCAUUGAGAAGAUGGCCAGGUUGUGCAUGCAGGACCCGGACGAGGAGGAGGAUGCAACCGAUGAGGAUGAUGUGGAGGCUGACGACGACCUGCUGGCAGAGCUAAACGAGGUCCUUGGAGAGGAGCAGAAGGUUUCGGAGCCACUGCCACCCUUGGCCCAGCCAAAGCCCUCAGCCCCCAGCCCAGGGUUGGAGGCCACUUUGCAGGAGCGGCUGACCCUCUACUGCGUGGCCAUGGAAAGUGCCCGGCAGGCUGGGGACAGUGCCAAGAUGCGGCGCUAUGACCGGGGGCUGAAGACACUGGAAAGCCUGCUGGCCUCUGUGCAGAAGGGCGAUGCCAUCGACGAGGAGGACAUUCCGCCACCUGUGGCUGUAGGGAAGCCCCCAGGGACCAGCCACAACCCGGCACCCCCCCAGCCUGGCACCCCCAACCCACCAACCCUGGAGCCCAGGGCUUCCCUGGAGGGGCCCCCCAGUGCCACUGCUACUUCAUCCUCAGAUGCUGCUAAGCCCCCGCUGGCUCCAGGUCCCUGCAGCUCUGGCCCCCUGGCACAGUUACAGAGCCUCCAGCGGGAGUACAAGCUGGCUGCCCUGAAGGCCAAGCAGCAGGGAGACACUGCAGCUGCCACCAGGCACUUUCGCGUGGCCAAGAGCUUUGACUCUGUGCUGGAGGCCCUGAGCCGAGGGGAACCAGUGGACCUGUCCCGCCUGCCUCCUCCACCUGACCAGCUGUCCCCGGAGCCACCGUCCCAAACACCACCACCUCCCGCUCCUACCACGAUCCUCACUACUCCAGCCCACGCUGCCCUUUCCGGCCCAGAGGCUGCCCCAACCCCGCGGACCCUCCUGGAGGCACUGGAGCAGCGGAUGCAGAGGUACCAGGCGGCCGCUGCACAGGCCAAGGCCAAGGGUGACCAGCGGAAGGCCCGCAUGCACGAGCGCAUUGUCAAGCAAUACCAAGACGCCAUCCGGGCACACAGAGCUGGCAGGGCGGUGGACGUGGCGGAGCUGCCUGUGCCCCCAGGCUUUCCCCCCAUCCAGGGCCUGGAGGCGCCCGAAGCCGCCCAGCAGAGUCUGGUAGGGGUCCUGGAGACUGCCAUGAGGCUGGCUAACCAGGAUGAAGAGCCGGAUGACGACGAGGAUGAGGCCCCUAAGAAGCAGCUCAGCAGCCCCGCAGCCCCCACAGCCCAGCCCAAGGCCCCGCCCACAAAGGCCUCCCAGCCGGGGGCAGGCAGAGCCACCCCCAAGGGCACGGCCACCAGAGCCCAGCAGCAGCUGGCCUUCCUGGAGGGCCGCAAGAAGCGCCUGCUGCAGGCGGCGCUGCAGGCCAAGCAGAAGAACGACAUGGAGGGCGCCAAGAUGCACCUGCGCCAGGCCAAGGGGCUGGAGCCCAUGCUGGAGGCCUCCCGCAACGGGCUGCCCGUGGACAUCGCCAAGGUGCCGCCCGCCCCAGUCAACAAGGACGACUUCGCGCUGGUUCAGCGCCCUGGCCCGGGCCUGACCCAGGAGGCCGCCCGGCGCUACGGCGAGCUCACCAAGCUGCUUCGGCAGCAGCACGAGAUGUGUCUGAACCACUCGAACCAGUUCACGCAACUGGGUAAUAUCGCCGAGAUCAGCAAGUUCGAGAGACUAGCAGAGGACUGCAGGCGCAGCAUGGACACCCUGAAGCAGGCCUUCGCCCGUGGUCUGCCCACUCCAGUCGCCCGCUUUGAGCAGAGAACCUUCAGUGUCAUCAAGGUCUUCCCGGACCUCAGCAGCAAUGAGAUGCUGCUCUUCAUCGUGAAGGGCGCCAACCUGCCCACGCCCCCAGGGCUGUUCCCUGGCGACCUGGAUGUCUUCGUUCGCUUCGACUUCCCAUACCCCAACGUGGAGGAGGCGCAGAAGGACAAGACCAGCGUGGUCAAGAACACCGACUCCCCCGAGUUCAAGGAGCAGUUCAAGCUCUGCAUCAACCGCAGCCACCGCGGCUUCCGCAGGGCCCUGCAGACCAAGGGCAUCAAGUUCGAAGUGGUCCACAAGGGCGGGUUGUUCAAGACUGACCGGGUGCUGGGCACAGCGCAGCUCAAGCUGGACUCGCUGGAGACAGCCUGUGAGGUCCGCGAGGUCCUGGAGGUGCUGGAUGGCCGCCGGCCCACAGGAGGGCGGCUAGAGGUGAUGGUGAGGAUCCGAGAGCCACUGACGGCUCAGCAGCUGGAGACCACCACGGAGCGCUGGCUGGUCAUUGACCCGCCACCUGCUGCCGCCCCACACACCCAGGUGGCUGGGCCCAAAGGGAAGGCGCUGCCUGGGUCUGCCCCCACCAGGGAACCGGGGAACAGGUCAUCUCGGCCCCUGCACAGCCUCAGUGUGCUGGCCUUCGACCAGGAGCGGCUGGAGCGGAAGAUCCUGGCCCUGAGGCAGGCACGGCGGCCGGUGCCUGCGGAGGUGGCCCAGCAAUACCAGGACAUCGUGCAACGCAGCCAGUGGCAGAGGGCACAGCUGGAGCAGGGCGGAGCUGGCAUCCGGAGGGAGUACGCAGCACAGCUGGAGCGGCAGCUGCAGUUCUAUACUGAGGCUGCCCGGCGCCUGGGCAAUGACGGCAGCAGGGAGGCUGCAAAGGAAGCACUGUACCGGCGGAACCUGGUUGAGAGCGAGCUGCAGCGAAUGCGAAGGUGAGGGCCCGGCAGGGCAGGCGGCCCAGACACAGGGAGGCGCUCACAGGCCACUGAUCCACAGCAGCGGACAAUCAGCGGACAAUCUGCGCUGGACUCAGCCACAGCAGGCCCCAGGCCAGCUGGCCCGGGCUGCAACCUCAGGCCGGGGUCCUGUUUGCACAGCCCUGGGUGCCUCCCCUGGCUGCCCCAGAGCAGGCGGCGGUCAGGACCGAGACCCAGGGCCUCCGCAAGCACUUUACUCCUGUCCCUGCUGGCCUUCACCCCGCAGCCCUCCUCACCCCAAAGAAGCUACUGAGGCCGGCGCGGGGAUUGCACUGGCCGGAUGCGGAAUAAACAGCCAGGACACACCA